AUGGUAGCACCAGAUUGGACCCUCCCAUUUGAAUUAAUGUGUGAUGCGAGUGAUUCUGCUAUAGGAGCUGCUUUAGGACAAAGAAUGAACAAACAUUUUCAGCCAAUUUACUAUGCUAGCAAAACCUUGACUAGACCCCAACUCAAUUACACCACCACAGAAAAGGAGCUGCUAGCAGUAAUAUUUGCACUUGACAAGUUUUGUUCAUAUCUGAUAUUUUCCGAGGUUGUUGUCUACACAGAUCACUCGGCAUUAAGGCACUUGCUUACCAAGCAAAACUCAAAACCAAGACUGAUCAGGUGGRUCCUUUUAUUGCAAGAGUUUGACAUUGAUAUUAGAGACAUGAAGGGUGCUGCAAACCUAGCUGCUGACCAUCUCUCCCGGUUGGACAAGGUAAGCUCAAAAGAGGAGAUAACCAGCAACAUUCGAGAAGAAUUUCCGGAUGAGCAGCUGUACUCAAUACAGAAAUACUCAUAUCCUUGGUAUGCUGAUUUUGCUAAUUAUCUAGCUGCACAAGUCCUUCCUCCUAACCUUUCAUAUCAACAGAAAAAGAAAUUCCUUUCUGAUGCCACAGGGGCUAAAAGGCAGUUGCAAUUGAAUGAAUUGGAUGAAUUCAGACUUACUGCCUAUGAGAAUGCCAAAGUUUAUAAAGAAAGAACCAAAAACUGGCAUGAUAAGAACUUGAUGAGAUGGGACUUUUAUGUAGGCCAACAGAUAUCUGGAACCACUUUCUCCGGCCCCAUACCAGGAUUCCUCGGCCAACUAAACAAGCUCAAGAAUCUCGAUUUAUCCAGCAACCAGCUUUCUGGACCAAUCCCAGCUUCCCUUGGCAGGCUCGAAAACCUCAGGUACCUCAUUUUGUCCGACAAUCAGCUUUCUGGGUCGAUCCCAGGUAGCCUCCGCCAGCUUAAAAACCUUGACUUGUUAAAUUUGAGCGGCAACCAUCUUUCUGGACCCAUCCCAGCUUCCCUUUCAGAUCUCAAGAAACUAACUACUCUUGAUCUCUCGUCGAACAAACUCACCGGAAGCAUACCCGACUCAUUCGGAAGAUUUAAUUCUGACAAGAACGAGGAUUUCUCUCUCCUCCUAAAUGGCAACCAUCUACGCGGUGAAAUACCCAAAUCGUUAGGGAAGUUGCACUUCAGAGUGAUCGAUGUUUCGGAUAACAAGCUCACUGGGGACCCGUCGGUGUUAUUCAAGGAGAAUUCAACCUCUCGCGCGAUCAUGUUGUCCGAUAACCAUCUCGAGUUUGAUUUGUCGAAGGUGAGAUUUCCAAAAGAGCUGAACGUUUUGGAAAUGGCACACAACAGAAUCCGGGGGAAAAUUCCCAAGCAGAUCACCAAAUUGAAUGCUCUGAGAAAGCUGGAUUUGAGUUAUAAUCGACUGUGUGGAAAGAUUCCAUUUGGUGGGAAGAUGCAACAGUUCCCUGCUCAAUCGUUUGCCCAUAAUCUCUGCUUGUGUGGCCCACCUCUCUCCAAAUGCUAA